AUGGCCAAGUCCAAGGCUGCGAAGCGCAAGCGUAAUGCGCAAGUCGAUCUUCCCCAGAAACUUCCCAAGGCCACUGUUCUUACGCCUCCUCCCGAUGGCGAGCCCAAGCACCUCCGGACACUCGUUGCGGACGAGGAACUCGAAAUUACCAUCGAAACGCUGACAGCGCUCGCACAAUACCCCAGCCUGACCAAGUCCAAGGCUUGCAAGGACCUCCGAGUUGCAGUUUAUGACUUCCGCCAAGCCUGCACUACGGGUCUGAACACUGCUGAUGGUGCCAACUUGACGGCUCGAAUCACCGCUGCUCUGGCCGACGAAAAAUAUACUGACGCCAAGGUCCUGCUCGCUGAGAUGAGGAUCAGAGGUGAACAGCCGAAGAUCGGAGCCUUGUGUCGAUGGGUGCGAGACUUGGAUGUCGUCAGCGGCCUUUCGACGCAGCCUGCGUUCGAUCGCAAAGACAAGAACACUCAACUCCUAUCGGUCCUCGAUGCCAUUCUCCGCGUUAGCACUCCGAUCGACACCAGUCCGACCGCUGUCACCUCAACCUCCACCUCUUCAAUCGCCUUCCAGUCUAUCUGGGAUCUCCGUCCGUCGACGGCACCGCUGGAGGUCUACGCCUCAGUUGUCGACAAAUCAAUCCUGAAAGAGGCACCGGCAUCUCCCUCCGCCAUUCGCGUUAUAGAAAAGACCCCCGCUUCUCUGCGCAAACCUCCGAACCACCACGACGCGAUCCUCUAUACCACCGCCCCAAAUGCCGUUCCUCUAUCUCCUGUCAACGAGUCCAUCACAUACCACCCACAUCCCGCCGUACCGGGCUUAGGCCUCGCCAUGGAUGUCCUCUCCCCGGCCGAGUGCAGGGCGAUCAUUGCCGCUGGCGAGUCCGUCAAUUUCCUGCCCGACGCGCCCCUCCGCGAAGAUGGAGACAUUAGCAUCCUCGCCCACAACUUCUACUGGGUUAUCGACACCGCCUUCCAUGAUAUCCUCUGGGCGCGUAUCUCCCCUUACGUGCCGCCGUCGAUCAACGGGCGGCUGGUCCGAGGCAUCAACCGGCGUUUCCGCGUGUACCGAUACGUUCCUGGCGCCGAGUAUCGGUGCCACAUCGACGGAGCUUGGCCGCCGUCCGGCAUCCUCCCUGAUGAUACUUAUGUAUACGACUCUUCACCGAGAGAAAAGAAGCAAAGCUCCAUGUAUACUUUCUUACUUUAUCUCAACGAUGAGUUUGAGGGUGGAGAGACGACCUUUUUCAUGCCGGCCGCGCGAGAGGGAAUCCUCAAUGCAUAUCCGGUACGACCGGUGAUGGGAGCCGUUGCAAUAUUCCCGCACGGAGAGGCGAAUGGUGCCUUGCUCCAUGAAGGGACUGGAGUCCGAAAAGGGGCUAAAUACAUCAUCCGGACGGACGUAGAGUAUGACGUCGAUCCCAGUGAGUAA